AUGGUUCUUGGUAUAUUCCUGACAGAGAUUAUAGUGGCAUUCCUGUUGGCCGGGACUUUACUUUUUAAAUAUGGAAAUGUGUUUCGGCACCACAUCAUAGUCACUGUCUCUGUGUUAAUAGCUUGGUAUUUUUCCUUAUUAAUAAUCUUUAUACUACCUUUGGAUGUCUCCUCGACUGUAUUCAGACAGUGUGUAGAGCAGAAUAUACAUAAUAGUACUAAAAGUCCUGCUAACACAACAUCUGUACCAUUUGCUACUUGUAAAGAACCCUGGCCAAAUGUACCAGAAAGUGUAUUUCCAAAUUUGUGGAGGAUAGUCUAUUGGACAUCACAAUGUCUAACAUGGUUGAUACUCCCACUGAUGCAAUCUUACAUAAAAGCAGGGGACUUUACUGUACGUGGGAAAUUGAAGUCUGCUUUGAUAGAUAAUGCAAUAUAUUAUGGCAGUUAUUUGUUUAUAUGUGGCAUACUUUUGAUAUACAUUGCAUUGAAACCUGGCUUAGACUUUGAUGGACAAAAAUUAAAAGUUAUAGCAUCAUCUGCAUCUAAUACAUGGGGCUUAUUUUUACUGGUCUUGUUGCUUGGAUAUGCACUUGUCGAAGUACCUCGAGGAUUAUGGAAUGCCAGUAAACCUGGAUAUACUUUAAGCUAUAGUUAUUUUAAGGUGGCGAAACUGAGCUUGGAUAAGUGUGAAGCGGAGGAAACAGUAGAUGAUAUACUCGAGUCACUACAAAUUGCAACAAUAUCCAUUGGACCUGGUCAUCCAUUCCAUUGCAAUUUGGAAACGAUUUUCCAAAAGAUACCAGCAGAGUUGAAGGAUAGAAUGAACAGGAGACAAUUACCUGAUGAUACUCCAACGGAUACACCCACUGAGAAAUCUUUGAUUCGAUUGCACAGACAAACUAUAAAAGCAUUGCAAACUUUACAACGCAUAGAGACUCAAUGGGGUAUCUUAGUAGACAAGAUUUUUGAUUUGGAAGAUGUAGCAAAAAAUCAAGUGAGUCACGAUAGAAGAUUCAAGCAAGCAUUUCCCACACACCGUUCACUUCCGUUUCGCAUUAUUUACAAUCCUGUUAUCGAAUGGUAUUGGAAAUGCGUUGUGAAAAAUUACGUCUUGAAGAUGGCUGCCAUUUGUGCUGGAUGUUUGUCGGUAGCUGUUGUAUGGUCAGAAGUAACAUUUUUCAAUAAGUCGCCCGUAUUGUCAUUAUUUGCUCAAUUUCUGAAGUUAGCGAAAAGAAACUACGAUUACUUUACGAUAGAGGUGCUGUCUAUGUUGAUCAUUGCGUACCUUUGCUAUUGCGCUUACUCGACUGUCUUGAAAAUUCGUGUAUUGAAUCUAUAUUAUUUGGCGCCUCAUCAUCAAACCAACGAGUACAGUUUGAUAUUCAGCGGUAUGAUGUUGUGUCGUUUAACUCCGCCGAUGUGUCUCAAUUUCCUGGGACUUAUACACAUGGACUCACAUAUUAUCAAGACUCAUAUCUUGGAAACACAUUACACGCAGGUGAUGGGUCACAUGGAUGUUAUUCCCAUCAUUUCUGACGGGUUCAAUGUAUAUUUUCCUAUAGCAAUUUUGGCCUUCUGUCUGGCAACUUACUUUAGUAUAGGUAGUAGAUUGCUCUCCAUGCUAGGCUUUCAGCAAUUUCUCGACGACGAUGAGUUCACUACGGAUCUUGUGGAAGAAGGAAGAGAACUUAUAAAAAGAGAGAGACGUAAACGUCAAAGAGCAGAGGAUUCUAUGUACAGGCGACGCGAAAUGCAAGAAAGAUUCAACAUCUCAGUAGGCACGUCACGUUAUAGGACAUCUCGUCAAAGUACAGAUACCGUACGGCCGUUGAAACGAGACGAAUCGAUAGAGUCCGCAAGAGCAGGUUUGUUGCGCGAUUUCGACCCUACGGAAUAUUGCAUCGGUAUGACAUUCGACGGGGAUGGUUAUGUUGCGAACAAUCGCUACGACGGGGAAAAUCAAGGUGACGAUUCGUACGAUUCGCAUGCAAAUAAUGCGAGAGCGUUUUCUACGAGUACAAGUCGUGUCGGCCCUCCGCCUAGAGGAUUGUUCGACGAUAUUUAA